AUGACGGUAGAUAUUAAGACUUAUGUGAAAAGUUGUCUACAAUGUCAGUUGAUGAAAAGUUACAGACCUAACGUUGAUGGAACCCUAAAACCCUUAAACAUUCCUACUGGUCGCUGGUUGGAUAUUUCCAUUGAUUUUAUUACUGGUGUGCCUGCAACAUUGUUCAUUAAGAUGAACAUGAUAUUGGUUGUGGUAAAUCGAUUCUCAAAACGUGCUCACUUCAUUGCCACCAAUAAAGAUUGUGGCUCACAAGAAACACUGAAUUUACUGUACUGGUUUGUUUUCUGUUACCACGGUUUUCCUCGAUCUAUUGUAUCGGAAAGAGAUAUUCGCUUUACUACUGGUGUUUAUAAAGAAUUAACGGAACGUCUAGGUAUACAGUUAAAGUUGUCCUCAACAAACCAUCCACAAACCGAUCGACAGACUGAAGCAACAAAUAAGACGCUUGGUCGGUUGUUAAGAAGCUAUUGCUGUAACGAUCAACGACAAUGGGAUCGUUUUUUACCACAUCUGGAAUUUGUAUACAACAGUACUUUUCAAAGGUCAUUACAAGCUGCCCCAUUUGAAGUUAACAUAGGUUUUGUUCCAAAUGAACCAUUAUUAGACACUGGUAAUGUGCUGUCAUCCCGAAGUGAUGCUGCUGUUGAAAUUACUAAGAAUUUAAAAGCCAUUUCGCUACGCACUUCUGAUAUAUUGCGGGAGAAUCAAGAAACUCUGGAGUUCCAAACUAACAUUCAUCGAAACGAACCUAAUUACAAGGUUGGUGAUUUAGUUUUGCUACACCGUGAUGCUUAUUUUACUGGGGGAAGGUAUACCAAGAUACAGCCUAUUUUCCUAGGUCCCUUUAAACUGGUUAAACUACAAAAUAAUACCUGUGAACUGGAUUUACCUUCAUCAUUCAAGAAACAUAGAACAAUUAAUAUAAAUGCUGGAAUAUGA